AUGUCAAUAAUCAAGUGUUAUCAUAGUCAAUCACCAUUUUAUAUUGAUAUUAGAAAUACUCCUAUGAAUAUAUUUACUAUGAAUAAAGAAUUAUUUUCUUCAUCAUCUAUUAUAAUGAAAAGAUUUAAUAAUAAACCAAUUCAUCGUCAUUGGCAUACUGUAACAUUAGGUUUAGAUAAACGUGUAUAUGUAAUUGGUGGAGCUGGUCAAAAAGCAUUAGAUAUCCCAUUGGAAUGUUAUCAUUUAAAUGGACCAAUUCAUUUAACUAUACAAUGUUCUAUAAAAAUAACUAAACUUAUAUUAUGUAAAUUUUUAUAUGCCAUAGAAUAUGGUUUAUUAACAAUGAAUAAGAAUCAUAAUGAUAAUAAUCACAGUAUGAAUAAUCAUGAUAAUAAUAGUACUAUAAUCCUUUCAUAUUCUUGUCAUUUAAAUAAAAAUAAAUUAAAAAUGGAUUAUUUAAAGAAUUUAGAUGAAAAUUUAAAAAAUCUUUUAAAUUAUCAUGUGAAAUAUUUAUUAGAAGAAUGGUUACUAUAA